GCCCUGCCCACUGAGGCUUGGAGCUGAGAAAGCGGCCGCAAGCAAAUCCUACUCCUAUCUAUCCCGAACCUGUGAACCCAAUCGAAUGACGCCGACGGCGAGCCUCCUCCCGGCUCCACCCUUCGUCUCCAUCUCCGAUGCGCGCCGCCUCCAGCUCCUCCCGUGCGGCCGCUGCCGGCCUCGCCUCCGCUGUGGCGGCACGGAGUGGGGCUCUGUACGGACCCAGAUGCUAUCCUCUUUCGUCGGGAGCAGAAGAUCGAGCCGCAGAAGCGUUAUCUGCGCCUCCCUGUUUGGAGUUGGAGCUCCCGAAGCACUGGUCAUUGGAGUGGUCGCCUUGUUGGUGUUUGGCCCCAAGGGUCUAGCAGAGGUAGCCAGGAAUUUGGGGAAGACUUUGCGUGCUUUCCAGCCAACCAUUAGAGAGUUACAGGAUGUAUCAAGGGAGUUCAGGAGCACUCUUGAACGAGAAAUCGGAAUUGAUGAGGUUCCCCCAUCCUCGAAUUAUAGGCCCACAACAACGAAUAUCAACCAACAACCCGCCGCGGACCCAAAUGCUAAACCUGAAACUGCACCUUAUACUAGCGAGGAGCUCAUGAAAGUAACUGAGGAACAAAUUGCAGCAUCAGCGGCUGCUGCCUGGAAUACUCAACCUGCCUCAUCACAACAGCAAGAAGCAGCACCCACAACUCAAAGUACCGACACUGCUACAUCAGGAGGGAAUGAUGGUCCUGCUGCUCCUGCUCCUGCUCCUGUCGCUGCGACCGAGUCCGACGCAAGCCAAGCAAAGCAGUCUGAAAAGGCGGAUACUGAGCGAUAAAGCUUAUGGAUGGAAAGAGCAAAUCAAGGUGAGCAUUUUGCUCAAUUUUUCUGAGGUGGGGGAAGAGUUUGUACGAAACGCUUGCAGUGCUUAGGCUUAUUUUGUCUCUUGUGCUGUCGUAGUAGACGUUGAAAAAGGCUGUGUAUAUUUCUUAGUAGUACGUCGUCCUACGCUGCCACGGCUGCUGCUUGUGCCAUCGUCGUCCUCGUAACAUUUCUGAGCCUGCUGUAACCACGAGGUUGUUGUAUGGAACAGUGAUUUUAGCCACGUUGAGAUGAAGAUUGAAUAGGAAGGGAUUGAUUCGCGUUC